CCGCAGACUCUUCACUAACAUCCCUGCCGCGCUUGCCAACUGUAAUGCUCGCACGGGCAUUUCGAACACUCUCGCGCCGUUGUAAUCCCCUCCCUUCCACACUACGCGCGCCUUCACUGAGCAGCAUGGUCCAGACGCGCUCCAGAGCGAAAGCAGCAAGCCUCAGCCAUGAAGAGAGAACAGCAGCCGAGCCUCGCGACGAGGGCCUCUACUCGGUGACCAUCGAUACCGUCACGCCAGUCAAUAACCGCAUAAAAACGUUCAAGUUCGCUCUCCGGGGGCAAGACACAUUCAACUUCCAACCAGGCCAAUGGCUCGACGUCCACGUUCCCGGUAUCGAAAAAGCCGGUGGCUUCACCUUGACAUCCACUCCCAGUCAGGCUAGAACAAGACCGGAUGAUGCAGAGCACAAACCUUUCCUUGAGCUAGCUGUGCAAAACAGUCCUAGCAACCCACCUGCAGCAUGGCUAUGGCAGCCACCCGAGGAAAUAAUAGGAAAGGAGGUCAAGGUCAGAGUCGGAGGUAGCUUUGUCUGGCCACCGCCCAAGAUAGACUACGCGACUAUCAAGCGCGCUGUAUUCAUUGCAGGUGGUGUGGGGAUAAAUCCACUUGUGUCGAUGCUGUCGCAUAUCAACGAGCAGGAAGUGGAACCUGAGGUUCGCAUAUUGUAUUCGUCUAAAGUUCCCUCGAGCGACACUCAGCCCGAAGAAGUUCUCUUCCUCACUAGGCUGCUCGACCUGUUCCGCAAACCGCGAACACACUCUACCAAGAAUUGUAUAGAGCUUUUCCUUACGGGAACUUGGGACGGGGCGCCCUUGAAUCGUCGCAACGACGAGCCUAUCCAUCCGCUAAUGUCGCUCACACUGCCGCAAAUACAGUCGGACACUGAAGUGCCUGUUACUGCCUGGACGCAUCGUAUUGAUGAUACUGCGUUAGCAAGCGCUGUAGGCAAUGCGGAUGAAGCACAAGGCACCGUAUUCUACGUCUGCGGGCCGGCCGAGAUGACUGAUACGAUUGUGGACUGGCUGCAAAAGCAACAACACGUAGAUCCAGAGCGCGUUUUCUGUGAGAAGUGGUGGUGACGAACCAAAACCGCCGUACAUAUGUGUACUGGAUAUGAGAAUGCCGUACAUGCAUAUACAUGACCAUAUAUGAGUGGUCUUAAUUCAUAGGUAAAGCAUAUCUACGGGUAACAUGAACCCUAAUCAAAAUUCAAAAUGGA